GUUCUCCACCAACAUCCCUCGUCUUCACAUGUCAGAGACUGACAGCCCCGUGACAACCAUGAUUCGUGCCUGGAACACCGCAAUACCCCGGAGGAUGUCCACUCCUUGCCAUGUGGCCUUGUUGGCCCCAAGAUGGAUUCCGCGUUUUCUCAAAUCACCUGCCUCUCUCUCCCUUUCUGUCCCUCUGCUUUUCUCGUUGACCGUCUCGCAACUCGACCGUGUUCGGCUUCCGUCCAACUUCUUUCAGCCUUAUAGCUGAUUAUCUAUAUUCGCAAUUGGGGUACGCUUUAUCCUGCGUACGAGACGUCCAAUAUCAAUGCCAACGCCCCCGUUCCCCUGAGCCGGAUCCCCAACGCUACACCCACCAACGGCCGGUAACACUUACACAAAUACUUCUACUCGACGGCAAUAACUGAGCGCCAACCGGAUAAUCUUUAGUAGUCGUGCUCCCGCUGUGGACGAAUUCCAGGGGCGAAGGUCGCUGGGAUGAUCGACCAUCUGCUGGGCCGGCCGUCUGUAAAGUCGCGCCGGCUGCAAGUCCUCGCAGUGCUGGGAUUCUGGUCCGCAUAUGUGUUCAAAGGCAAUAGACAUGGCCCCCCAUGGCUGCGCUCCCUGUCACGAUUGCUCUCGAAGCACCUGACAGCAUGGCAGACCGUCGUCUUGACCAUGAUAUACCUCUACGCUGCGCGCAACUUCAGCACCCUCGUCGGACUCGCGAGCCCCGAUCCUCUAGCGAACAUGUACGAUGCCACCUAUUUCCGUGCGACAUGGGUCCUCACUGCCCUAGAUGCCGGCUUUUGGACGGCUAUGAAGAUCAGCAAUAAGACCUUACGGGACCUGGCCAGCAUAAUAUUUUCGCUCUUCUAUCUCGUCGCCGCCGAAAAGGCCGAUGAGAAGGUGCGCAAGGUCCGCGGCAACAUCACGGUCGAACAUCUUAGGGUUAGCUGGAACAAAGGGAGCAAGUCACCCUACUUGCGCUUCAUGCAAAACCUGGUGCGGCCACGCUUCACGAGGUGGCCGCCGCGAGCCAUCCGCAUCCCUCGGCCUGCUACCAGCGACUACAAGGACCCCGUUUCUGGGUGGCUGUACUUUGACGGUCCUCUGUCCGAGCUCGAGAACCACAACCGCAUCGUCCUGGACAUUCCCGGUGGCGGUUUUGUGGCCAUGGACCCCAGGUGCAAUGACGACAAGCUAUUAGCCUGGGCCGCCAAGACGGGGUUGCCGAUUCUCAGUCUAGACUAUAAAAAGGCUCCAGAGUAUCCGUAUCCAUAUGCCCUGAAUGAAUGCUACGACGUCUACACAACGAUUAUCAAGAGCCGUGGACGAUGCAUCGGCCUGUCCGGGAGGGAGAUUCCCAAGGUGGUCAUCACGGGGGAUAGCGCCGGCGGGAACCUUGCUGCAGCGACGACGCUCAUGAUCAUUGAGAGCGGAUCGUCCCCCGUCCGCCGCUUCCAGGGCCAGACCGACCUCCCCAUCCCUGAUGGCCUCAUCCUGUUCUAUCCUGGUCUCGAUUUCAAUAUCGGAAGCUGGAUGUCCGAUGAGCAGAUGGCACUGAUCAAGGACAGGCGGAUGCGCGGGACAAACAAGCGCAUCAUUGAGCGCAAAACGAUGCAGUACAACGACCUUGUCGGAACACCGCACCAAUCCGAGGAUGAAGAUGACGCCUCCCCAUCAUCCAAGUCUCGCUCCAGCCUAGCAGGCGAACAAGAGGGUACCGCCCCCUCCACGCCCGCUACUGACGCUGCGCCCGAGUACGCCCACUCGGGCCCUUCGACCUGGAGCCACGUCCAGCUAGGCCCGCCAUCCCCAGCAACUACCACCACCGCCGCUCACCCCCCUUCUCCGGCCUCGACUACUCCUACCGCCACCAAACAGUCCUCACCAGGCACGUCUCACCAUCCCGAACCGAUGCGCACCCGGCUCGCCAUGUCAUCGAUGAUCUCGUACUUCAACGAUCGCGUGCUGACCCCGGAGAUGAUGCGCGCAAUGAUCAUCUUGUACAUCGGCCCGCACAACAGGCCCGACUUCUCGAAGGACUAUCUGCUCAGCCCCAUCCUGGCGCCAGACGUGCUCCUGGCCCGCUUUCCCAAGACGUAUUUUCUCACAGGCGAGCGCGACCCGCUCGUAGACGAUACGGUCAUCUUCGCCGGCCGCUUGCGGAGGGUCAAAGCCGCCCAGAUGGCGAGCGGCGGGAAACGCUUUGAGUACCUCGAACAGGAUGCUAUGACGCGCGGCUUCGACGAGAGAGAUGUUGCUGAGAUGGUCCUCAUCCCCGGCAUCAGCCACGGGUUCUUGCAAUUUCCCGGCGUGUACCCACCGGCGUGGAAAUUAUUUGAUCGCACAGGGAGGUGGAUUGAGGAGAUCUUUGAGCGGGCCGAGAGGAAAGAACGGACUAGAGGAAGAGAACGGGAGAGGAACCGGGAAGGGGAACGCGGGAGUGUAGGGCAUCUCGAGAGUGCUAAGGCGAAAGAAAUAAAGAUAACAACGGAGGGGCCGUUGCCUGCCCAUGGAAAUGAAGGGGUGAGCACCGAGAGGACGCGGCAUCAUUUCAGACAAGAAUCCAGUGGGGAUGAGGAUAGGCCCCUGAUGAUGAGCCUUACUCGAGGGAGGGGGAGAGCUGUCAAUGGCGCGGGUCCUCUGGCUGAUCAUGCUCUUCAGAAGAGUGACAGGAAGCAUGAAUCCAAUGCGGGAGAGUCGGUCACGAAGGGUUACUCUGCUCAACCGCCGGAGAAGGGACGGACCGUCGUUGCCCUGCCGAACGGCCAUCACGCCGAUAGGAACAGGCAGCAGAAUGUGGCCAGCGCUGCUCUGAAUAGCGACAAGCUGGUAAAUGGCGAUCGGAGCGGCGGGCCUGCGGCGAGUAGUGGGAACGGAAACGCCAAUGCAAGGCGGAAGAAGCCUGCGAAAAGAGUCCGCACUACGUCCAGGGACGAUGACGACAAGAGCCUUGUCAAGCUGGCUAGCUCGGACGAUCUGCUCGGCAGGCGGAUGCACGGCCUCGCUGGAGGCUUGACGGGGCUGCAUGCCGAUCUUGGGUAACCGUGUCUGUCAGAGCAUAUAUAUACUAGGAGUGCGGGUAUUUUUGGUAGAUGGCUUGGGUAGGUGCUCUGCCCGCCGGCAUUAUUUGUGUACAAUGGAUGUGCAGUACAUACAGUACAGAACUUUGCAUUUCUGUACAGGUGGAGAUACUAGUAGGUUUGGCGUUUAUGUGUGAGCUUGGAAAUAUAAGGCUGUUGACGUACUCACUACUAGUAGUAGACACCCUUUGUAACGUGACCG